AUGUGGUCCAGUGAGGGUUCCGCAAAAUGGAUGGAAAAUGCCAAAGGAUCCCCCGACUGUGGAACUCCCCAACAUGUUCUCACCGUUCUCUUGCAGCUGAUAGUGUGUGGCGUUCUGUUGGUGCUGAUCCUGGCACCGACCGACUGCAAGUUGAAGUACACGAAGCCCCGGAACGGUAAAAGACCGGAGAGCUUGCUGCUGAGAUCGGUGAACUCCGCCAAGCGAUUGGGACUUCAGGAGGACUCCGACCCGGUGUCGUCGGAUUCGAGUGCGAGGCUGCAACCGGAUGGUGACAGACGGGAGCAGGAUGCAGAUCGGGACGAAGUUGAUGGGUCGGGCGAGUCGAACGAGGACCUAUCCGUCAGCUGUUUCCCACCCGUGGAUCUGUUUCACAAGUACGACUGGGCUGACUCGUACCAACUGCGUCCUCCGGCGGACAGGUCCUCGGGCCGCGACCCCGACCAAAGCAACGACGACGGAGAAACGAGCGUCCGGAGUGCGGCGGUGAAGCGGUCCGACUACAAUCGGGAGCUCUCCGCCGACCUGUACGCACAGUAUCCAACUUCCUGCGCCUGCCAGACCAAGUACGAGCUGCUCGAUCUUGGGUACACGCACUUCCCGCGCUACAUCGUGAACGCCAUCUGCCAGAACCGCAGCGUCAACAGCCGGAAGUGCUGGCGCGGCUCGAGCUGCAAGGAGAUCCCGUACAAGGUGCGCGUCCUCACCCGCCGCUCGGCGAACGAGUCGAGCGACCAGGACCACCACUCGACGCUGCUGCCGGAGCCGCUGCGUGAGUACUGGCGCUUCAAGACGGUCACCAUUGCGGCCGCCUGCCAGUGCUCGAUCUGACCCCAAGCCGACGUUGCCGUAGCUGAGUGCUUCUAUAGCGGAGUCCCACAACCGGAAUAAACCAGUGCAAAAAAACAAACGGGCGCUGCAACCAACGUGCUUAGCAGCGUCCGGAAAUGCUUUUACUGUUGAAAGAACACCCGCUGCCUGUUGACGUGUUUAUUUCUGAUAUCCUCUGCCACUGCCUCCGCCUAUUCGUGGGCAACCGUUUCCGAAAUCGAUCCA